AAAGACGACGUAGAAGAAGUAGGAGUGGAACACGGUCACCUAAAAAACCUAGGUCUCCUAAAAGGAAAAUGUCCCGGUCCCCGUCUCCAAGAAGACAUAAAAAGGAAAAAAAGAAGGAUAAAGACAAGGAGAGAAGUAGAGAUGAGAGGGAACGGUCAACAAGCAAGAAAAAAAAAAGCAAAGACAAAGAGAAGGAUCGAGAACGAAAAUCCGAGAGUGAUAAAGAUGUGAAAGUCACAAGGGAUUAUGACGAAGAGGAACAAGGAUAUGACAGCGAGAAGGAGAAGAAGGAAGAAAAGAAAAUGGCAGAUUCAUCCUCCCCUAAGGUAAAGGAGUCUGCCGCUGAUAAAGGAAGUGGAGAUUCAGCAAGGGAAUCCAAAGUGAAUGGGGAUGAUCAUCAUGAGGAGGACAUGGAUAUGAGUGACUGAAUUUUGCCUUUGCAGUGAACACAGCUGCAGAUGUGCAUCAGUGUCAUUCCUGUGUGAUUCUUUUAUGCUGUACUCGUUAAUCCUAAAUCUAGAUGUAUACAGCUAUACAUGGUUUGUAAAUCUCCUGAUACUAACUCACAUCAAAAGCUUUAUAGAAAGGUAACCAUUCUUGUUACGGCCGAAAGGGAUUGCGUAGCCAAGCAAUUUUUACUAACUCGGUGGUGCUUCAAGCAAAAGUAAAAAGCUGCAUGCAUCUACAGCAGGCAUGGACUGUUUGUUGUAUGAUCUCCUUUAGUAAAUCAGCUCACUUAUGAUAGUGUUUCUAGAAUUUGAUUCAUUGCAGUAAUAGAGCAGUAUAGGGAAUGCACUGACUGCAUGUUGAUUGUGGCAGAAACAUCCUAAAUGUUCUGAAGUCCUACAACAUAUGGUGGAUCUACUUAAGGAUCUUAAAUGUGACUACAGGAAAAAAAUUGACAGUACAUCUGAAAAUAGGCAUUCUGAUAGAGAUAAGUUUUUGUUUUUGUUUUCUUUAAGCCAUGUGGCUGGGGUUGGGUUGUUCUGUUUUGUUUUUCCUGGUGGGUUUUGUUUGGCUUUGACCAAGUUAAAAUGCACUAACCUUUUUGAGGGCUUUUUUUAAUCUGUCAGUUCAAAUCCAUCUCAGGCAAGUGGUAAUGGUUCUUAACUUUUCUUCUUGAGCCUUGGGAAGUAAAAAUCUCUGCUUGAUCAGUGCCCAGUGAUUAAAGGUUGAUUUGUGCAGUUUUCAUAAUCCAGGUCGUUUUAUUUGUUAAUGAGCUAAACACAUGGCAAAAAGGUAGUGCAUUUUAAAGUUGACCUUCGUAUGCUUUUAAAAGCAAGUCUACUUGAUAAUGUACUUUUUACUUGAUCUCAAGUUGUAUAAACUAAUAAAUUUGUGUUUACUGUCACUGCAGUAGUAAUCUUAUGCACACAGUGAUUCCAUGUUAUAUGCAAAGUAGUUAGGCAAGCUGUUUUCUUAGUUACAGAACUUCAAGAGCUUUUACUUGUGUGCAGGUAAAAAGACAAAAGUAGGCUACAGUCUGUGCCAUGUUGAUGUACAGUUUCUGAAAUUGUUUUACAAAACUUUGAUAAUAAAACCCUUAAACUUA